AUGAAGGAUUUAGGUACUUUUCACUACUUCUUGGGGAUUGAAGUUGUCUACUCUCAUAAAGGCUACCUUCUUUCUCAAUCUAAGUAUAUUUCCAACAUCCUUGAACAAGCUUGGCUUUCUUAUACUUUUGAAGUAAAUAGUCCUUUUGAAUUGAAUGUGAAAUAUGUUCCCUCUGAUGGUGUUACUCUACCAUAUCCAACUUUGUAUUGCACUUUGAUUGACAACCUGACGUGCCUUACGAUUACCAAACUUGAUAUUGCUUACCUUGUUUAUGGUGUUAGUAAGUUUGUUGUCUCUCCCACUAUAGUACAUGGGUCAGUUGUUCAUCGCAUUCUUCGUAAUCUCCGAGAAACACAGAUUGAGAUCCUUUUAUUUCCCACGUCGUCUCCAUUGGAGUUACAUGUUUAUUUUGACGUUGAUUGGGAUGGUGACUCCACAAAUUCUAAGUAUGUCACAUGUUUUUGUAUCUUUCUUGGAGACUCUCUUAUUUCUUAG